CCGGUUUUAAUAUGCGCCUGCAAAGCAGAGAGAAAAAAUGGCGGAUCACAGGAGGAGCUGCUUAGGGUCCCGGCGACUUUUCGGUUUGCGACAGACAGUCAUGGUUAUGUUUGCCAUUGUUGGCUUUCUUUCUGUCGAGCCCGGAAGCGCCACGACUCAUUGGGUUGUGACGGAGGAUGGGAAAAUUCAACAGCAAGUGGAUUCGCCCAUGAACCUGAAACACCCACACGAUCUUGUUAUUUUCAUGAGACAAGAGACCCGUGUGAACUACCUCAAGGACCUGGAGAAACAGCUUGUCGCCCAGAAGAUCCACAUUGAGGAGAAUGAGGAUCGGGAUACUGGGCUGGAGCAGCGGCAUUACAAGGAGGACCCUGACUGCGUGACGGCCAAGGUGCCUCUGGGGGACCUGGACCUGUACGAUGGCACUUACAUCUCUUUGGAAAGCAAAGACAUCAGCCCGGAAGAUUAUGUGGAUUUCCGAGCACCAUUACCUCCAGGGCUGGAGAAGCCGGAUUGCGGCAGGAUUCUCGAGCUGCCGUACAGCAUCCAUGCUUUCCAGCACCUGCGGGGCAUACAGGAGCGUGGGAACCUGACGUCCCCACUGCUCUCCAAGGAGGACCCCAUCUUCAGCGCCCUGUCCAAUAAGCUGGGUCGCAGCGUGGACGAGGCUGGCCACCGGAUACACCAAGGUUUGCUCAGGAACUCUUCCUCCUGGGUGCUUUACAACCUGGCGUCUUUCUAUUGGCGUAUAAAGAAUGAACCCAGGCACGCGGUGGACUGCGCGGUCCGGGCCCUGCACUUCUCGCCCAGGCAGCACAAGGACGUGGCGCUGCUGAAUAUGGCCAACGUCCUGCACCGAGCUCACUUCUCUGCGGACGCCGCCAUUCUGGCUCACGCCGCCUUGGACCUCACGGCUGACCUCUUUACCAGCCACUACACGCUGGGGAACAUCUACGCCAUGCUGGGGGAAUAUAACCAUUCAGUGCUCUGCUACGACCAGGCCUUGCAGUCACGCUCUGGGAUCGAGCAGGCGCUGCGUCGCAAGCACGCAGUCCUCUGCCAACAGAAGCUGGAACAGCGACUGGAGGCCCAGCAUCGGUCCCUGCAGCGCACUCUGAACGAGCUGAAGGAGUAUCAGAAGCAGCACGACCAUUACCUGCGUCAGCAGGAGGCUCUGGAGAAACACAAGCUCAUUCAGGAGGAGCAGAUCCUGCGCAACAUCAUCCACGAGACGCAGAUGGCCAAGGAAGCUCAGCUGGGGAACCACCAGGUGUGUCGCUUAGGCCAGCAGGGCUGGCUCCGGUGCCCAUUCGACCUGCCCGUACGUUACCAUCGUGGAGAUGUCUUUGAGAGCGUUCACUCAAUUCAGUUCGGCGAUGGGAUGUCUGUGGCUGGUAGUACGGCCAUGAGUUCAGAACUCACCCUCAACGAGACACGACAGCUCCAGCCCUUCGCCUCUGUUUCGGGGGGAGAGGAACUCGCCUCCCUCUGGGACAGGGAGGCCUCAUCUUCGGCGGAGAGCCAGGCUGAGUUGUGGCCGAGGAGAGCGGACUGUGCCGGCCGAUUCCCAGCUGUGCCCCCGGCUCACCUGCUACCCACCUUUUACCCCGAACCUGAGACCCGUGGCUUCAGGCUUCGCAGCAUACUGUACAAGGAUAUGUCCCCAGCAACUGUCCCAGUUACCCCAAGCUGUGGGCCUGGCCCCCAACCUCUUCCCCAGGACCUGCCACUGUCAGUGGGCCGGCAGCUUCCAGACCCCCAGGCCUCCCAGGUGCUUCUGUCUCGCUGCGGCGGCCUCAGCUUGGACCAGGCCGGAUCGCUCAUAGCCCAGGCUCUGGAGAUGUCUAGCGCCCCCCGGUGGCUCGUGCAAAAUGAGGCGGCACUGUUCUGGCGCGCCAAGGGGAACGCCACCCGUGCACUGUCCUGCCUGCGCCACGCCCUGCGCGCGGCCCCACCGCAGCAUCGUGACCUCUGCCUGGUGAAUGCCGCCAAUCUGCUGCUGCACCAUGGACUGCCAGAGGAGGCCGACCCUCUACUGCGGGAGGCUUUGGCUCUCAAUGCUUCUGAGCCUCUGUCCUUGCUGAGCCAGGUCACCAUGUACCUCUCCCAGGGGAACCUCACGGCCGCACUGGGAGCGUUUCGCCGUGCUCUGUCCCUGCAGGCCAGCUGUGGGCAGUGUCGCGCCAGCCUGCCCCUCCUGCGCUGCCUGCAGUUCUACCCGUUCCUGUACAACCUGACACGCCCCCCAUGUCCCGAUGGCUCUCGGUGCGUCGAAGAAGACCCUGAGCUGCUGCAAGAAGGGGAGGCCAGACACACUGGGGAAAACGCAGACCACGGAGCGGCGGUCCAGCCUGUGUCCAUCCAGACCGAUGAGGACCCCCUCCUCUUCAAGACUCCCCAGGCAGUGGUACUUGAUAGUAACGGGUCCGGGGAAGUCGGGCAGCAGGACAGAAAUCAUCGGCCAGAGGUGGAGGGUGAGGAGGAAGCACGGCAGCUGAAGGAGGAACUGAUGGGGGCCUUUGAGGGGGCACUGGAUGGAGGGGGUCCACGUGGCGACCUCAGGGGCAUCCGUGUUCUGCAGAGCGAUGGUGGCGCGGCCGGGCAAAGUGGUGGGCCCUGCUUCGGAAACUGUGAGGACGACGAGGGUGCAGAAUGGAUCACAUUCCAGGUGAAGCGAGUGCGGAAACCCAAGGCAGAGUCGUCAGAGAACGCGAUCGGGGAGGAGGAGACAGCCCACCAGGGGGAGCCGCCCAUCAGACAGUCCAUCCUGGAGAUUAGCGGGCCCACCAUCCCCUCCCCAGGGCCAUCAGGACGAUGGCGGGACUACGCGGGUCUGGGCUGGCCAGGUCCGGAGGAGUGCCAGCGAACACGACGGGUAGAGCUGACCACGGUGGCCAGCACCUGGCUGGCUGUGUCAGCCAAAAACAUCGACAUCACGGAGCAUAUCGACUUUGCCACGCCCCUGCAGGAGCCGGCGGCAGAGCCUGUGUGCAAUGCCAACCUCGCCGCCAGCAUGCAUACCCUGGAUCACCUGGGGGGUGUGGCUAACCGUGCGGGCAUCCACUACACGGGCGAGAGCCAGCUUCGCGAGGUCCUGCAAAAUCUGGGCAAGGACAAGUUCUCCCCCCAGUCCUUUGAGCUGGUGGGCACCCGCAUCGCUAAGGUUCUAGAGAAGAACCAAACGUCAUGGGUGCUUUCCAGCAUGGCUGCUUUGUACUGGCGGGUCAAAGGUCAAGGCAAACGAGCAAUUGACUGCCUACGGCAGGCACUCAACCACGCACCACACCACAUGAAGGAUGUGCCGCUCAUUAGCCUGGCCAACAUCUUCCAGAACGCACGGCUGUGGGAAGAUGCCCUGACCGUAGCUCGCAUGGCCGUGGAGAUCGCGCCGCACUUCGUCGUCAACCACUUCACCCUCGCCAACGUCUACAUUGCCAUGGAGGAGUUUGAGAAGGCCAUGCGGUGGUACGAAUCCACGCUGAAGCUGCAGCCGGAGUUUGCCCCGGCCAAGGACCGUCUGCGCAGCAUCCAGUGUUACCUGCUCAACAAGAAGGAGCGACGGGCACCUUAGGGUGACCAGGAGACGUCGAGAGAGGACACACACACACACACACAUAUACACACACACACAUACACACACACACAGACACACACACACAGACACACACAGACAGACACACACACACAUACACACACACACAGACACACACAGACAGACACACAGACACAGACACACACACACAGACACACACAGACAGACACACACACACACAGAGACACAUACAUACACACACACAGACAUAGACAGACAGGCAGACACAUAUAUACACACACACACACAGACACACACAGACAGACACACACACACACACACACAGACACACAUACAUACACACACACAGACAUAGACAGACAGGCAGACACAUAUAUACACACACAGACACACACAGACAGACACACACACACACAGACACACACAGACAGAGACACAUACAUACACACACACAGACAUAGACAGACAGGCAGACACAUAUAUACACACACACAGAGACACACACAUACACACACACAGACAGAGACAGACAGGCAGACACAUAUAUAUACACACACACACAGACAGACAUAUACAUACAUACACACACACAUGCAACAUGGCAUUCAUGUAAUCCAUUUUAUUUCAAAAGCUCUCAUUUUCCCUGUGGUGGUCAGAGUCAUGUAGGCAUCACAUGUCUGUCAGAUUUGCUCGUACAUCGGACCUCGGAGUAAAACAUUACACACUCUGCCCCUGAAACAAAAUCCCCUUUCUAUCCCUAAAGGCCUUUUUUGUCUAUAAGCAUUUUUGUCUUGACUCAGUUUAGCUGAGCAACAGUAAUUUGUUGGGAUUCUGGCAAUAAAACACGUUGGGGUCCUGGGAGAGUGUGCUGGUCCUCAGUGACUUCAGACCCAGCGGUUGUCAUGGUGACAGUGGCACGCUGCAUUUGAUACCUGUAGCCACUGGGCUUUGGGGGGGGGGGGGGGGCGGCAGGUGUCCCAGCAUGGUUCAAUCCCUAGCCAUGCUGUUAAAAACACAGACUUUCCAACAACUCUGUUGGAAAAACUGAAUAUUCUUCAUUGUGUGCCUGUGAGGGUGGGGGGCUUCACCUUGAUUUUCAGAGUGUGUUCGUGGGUUUUAUUUUUAUUACGAAGCCCAGGUCAGCCUCAGUAUCACUCACUAUACCUCCUUUAGUUCCUGAUGUUCAUAAGGACCUUUUGGACCAUGGUGUGGAAAUGGGGAAGCUGUUAAGACCGAACAAUAAAAGUUGUUUGUCCACGCUGGCAAGUUAA